CUUGCUGGAUAACUUAACCAACUUUCUUGAUCAAGAUUGGACUUAGCACACAAUGUCCUCUUCAAAUGUCAUAGGUUCUCUCAUUUUUUGUCCAGAAUGUGGAAAUUUAUUGGACAUUCCUGGUGGUGACGACGAUUUGAUUGUUUGCAAUCAAUGCAGUUAUGCUCAGAGCAAUUAUGAGGCUAUGGAGAUUGUCACAACUUCGUCUGAAAAUGCCUUCCAGUCUCCAUUAAAGUCAAAAAGACAUCUUGUGCAACAGAAAGGACCAAAGACAGAAGGAGCUGCUAUGAUCGAUGAGAAGUGUCCUAAUUGUGGCAACCCCGAGAUGGCCUAUCACACUAUGCAACUUCGGUCUGCUGAUGAAGGUCAAACUGUGUUUUACAACUGCAAGAAAUGCGGCCAUAAAUUCUCCAUAAAUACCUAAUUAUGUAGCACUGUCGUGAGCUCUUUGCAUUCCUCAUUGUACAUUACCAUGCAGCUCAAUAUAAAAAUCAUUUGAUAUAGCAGUCCGAAUGAAUGCACUUUAUCCUUUCUUCUUUCUUGCUAUUAAAUAACUUUCCAUGUUAUGACCAGUCUUCAUGAAAACGUCAACGUUAUACAUUGUAAUAAAUGCUAUGAAUCCUACACUCGGGGCCA